CGCGCGCGCGUGUGUGUGCGAGGUGCUCGGGAAAGAGUGAUGGCAACGUCGGGAGCUUUUGCGGGUGGCAGUCCCGGAAGGGGCUUUGCUCCACGCGGGCGAGCCGAGUAUCGACUCGACUGUGCUGCAAGCAUUAUCGAGUCCCAAUUCGGGCCUAUCGUGGCUUCGGUCUUUAGAGUCUUGGCCAUCCAACCCUGUCACGUCCGUCGUCUCUACGUGCUUUGCAAGGGCACUAGUCAUAAAAACAUUCGCAAGGCCGUGACAGUUCUGAUUCAGCAUGGCAUGUUGGAGUAUGAGGAGGCCGAGCACCCCAUCUUUUACGCCAAGAUCGAGGACGUGCUGCUGCGCUUGCACUUUCCAGCAUAUGCCCAUGUCAUUGGGACGAUGUACGGUACCCUGGCCGAACGUAUCUUUGAACAGCUUUUCCUGCACGGCCUUAUGCGACUGAGCCGUCUUAUGGGAACGGUCGUUCAGUUGACAGGCGGGCAAUACUCCCAGACCGAAAUCCUUGAACUCUUUCGUACCCUGGUCCAGGAUGCACGGGUGAUUCAACUGCAUGGCGCGAAAGAUUCUGAACUGUUUACUUUUCCCGACGAGUGCAAGAAUUUGGAUAAGCUCAUCAGUCAGGAGGAUGGUGCCACCAACAACAUCUCUGCGGAUCAACACCGCUAUUGGACGAUCUGCCACACCCAACUCCUUGACAAGCUGCAAACGCGUUGGGGCGUGACGUAUAUCCGUGCCAAAAUCUCCGACGAGGCUGCCAUCAUCGUUGAGGCACUCGCGGCGCUCCGUCAAAGCGCCAGCCCAGAGGAGGUGGCCACGCAGCUGAAGCGUAUGGGAGCCAAACAGCUGUCACGAGAACAUAUCGCCGAGUGGCUCCAAGUGCUCAUCAGCGAGGGAGAAGAAAUUGUGGUUCAAGCUGGCAUGUACGCGUACAUGUACAACCACUCGGCCGUCGCCACUGUAUCUCGCACGCGUGCAGUCGAGAAGACCAUUGAGGAGCGCUAUGGCAUCGAGAGCAUGCGCAUCUAUAACAUUCUGUGCGAGAAGCACUACCUUGAGCAAGAUCAGCUCUCCAAGAUUGCCAUUGCAGCCAACUUCAAAGCGACACGCCUCUUGAUCAACCGACUUUGGAAGGCCGGCUUUGUUCAGAUUUAUGAGGCAGCACGCGCCCAAGACCGAACCACUGGCCGCUACAUGCAUCUUUGGACGGCUGACCCAGAGGCUGGCCGCCACCUCAUCCUCGACGAAUGCAUUCACAUUGCGACAAACCUGAUACAACGUGAACUCAAAGAGCGUCAGCAGCACGAGCGCAUCCUGAGCCAGCAAGAGUUUCUCAGCCAAGAACUGUCAGCCGAGGAUGCCGAAUACGAGGAGGAAAGCGUGAAGGCUGAUCGAAAGCAGUUGAAGAAGGUUUUGGCAGGCAUUUCCAAGCUUCAUCAACAGCUACUUUACGUGGAUCGUUUGAUGCUGCAGUUACGCGACUAUGCAUAGGUGGCCAUCGGUAGCACGUGUCAAGGCACAUCGAGCCUUGCCAAAGCCAGGUCAAGGACCGGCAGGCAUAACGAGCUUGAAGCAAUUCAUAUGCACACAAAGAGAAGCUCAAUCCUCAUGGGACGCACGCUGCGCGGGCGAGAGCAUGAGUCAAAGAUGACCAGCACCAUCAAAACAAUUGACUCGUUCAAUUUG